CAGGAAGUUCGGAGUUGCACGUCUCCCUCACCAUCGUAGGAGUGGGUCCCGCUGGGGCCCUGUCGCCGUGUCAUUUGCCAAAGAAGGUGGGUGAAACGGUAGGGAGGCAAUUGUUCGUCGGUAAUAACCACGAGCCGGUGGCCAACCGGCCUAUUGACCGGCAAUAUCCGGUAAACAGCCGUUGGGAUUCAAAAUGGCGAAGCGGAAGAAUGGCUACUGCAAACGGACGGUGAUGAUCUAGUCCCGAUAUUCGUACUCGGGCUCUGGCCCGUCGGAUCGUCCGAUGGUGGCUCGAAGUUUAAACGUAGGGUUCGAAGCCGCUCGCAUACGCUACAAAGAAGAAAGAAAAGAACCCAAGAACGCUAUAAAACAAAUCUCUCUCUCUCUCUCUCUCUCUCUGGCAAUUUGAAAGAGGAAGCUGGUGGACAUCUGAAUCAGGUGCGUUAUAGCUUCAUCGAGUCGUCGACUUUUCGAUUAUAAUAGUUUCUUUUCGGAGCGGCCAUUCUUGAUGAGGGUUUCGGUUCGGGCACGAGCUCGUUGUGGAUUUUGAUCGCUUCUUGAUGGAGAUUGUGGAAUCUCGAUUUUUGGAUGGGAGAUCGGGAAUCGGUACUUUGUGGUUCGGUGCUUGCGAUGGAGAGGUUGACUGUCGGAAGUGGUUAAGGUUCUAGAUGAUUGGGCUUCUGAUAAGGUGUUGUCUCGCUUCCUUGGGAAUUUUAGGAACGGGGUUAUUGAUCGGUGAUUUCGAAUUCGAUUUCGAUUUCGAUUUCGUUAGCUCAACACACCAAUUCGAAAUCUUAUUCACUGGCUUGUCGUCAUCUAUUGAGUGAACGUUCUUGAAGUUAUUACUCUGAGAUUGGAAAUUUACAAUUGAAUCUGAAUACUCAAGAUAGUUUUCCCCUGUUUUCUCUGACAAGAACAGUUGGUUUUCAUUUGGUUUAUUAACGUUCUUUCUCCAUUGCUUCUGCAGUCUAUGGUUUUUCCUUUUCUUUACGAAUCUCUUUUCAGAGUAUUGGGUGCUUGAUGAUGCUUUGCAAGUUGUUCCUGAAUCAGUGCUUAUCGAUUUGGGAUUGGAACAUAAGUCUUCGUUCAUCAUUCGGUAAAAAUGACAAGUGACAAUGGAAAAAGUGCUCCGAAAGGCGAAGCUGUUACUUCCAGGGCUGCUCACGGAGCAAGUGGCGAUGAAUUUCUGAGGCAACGAUCCUUAAAUGGGUAGUAACUCUGAUGUUCACUGCUUCUUUGAUUUCAACUCUUUUUCUUUAUGAUCAUGGCAUUUGGAAUCUUAUGCUCGAAUAAGAGUAUUUCAAUUAGACUCGUUGAAGCUACAUCUGAACGAAUCAAUGUCGAAAAGUUAUUGUCUGAAUUGAAACAUGCGAAAGCAAAUCUGAUGUAUUACUCUGUAAAUCAACUGUAGGAGGAUCACUGGUCCAACACGCCGCUCAACCAAAGGACAGUGGACGGCUGAGGAGUUGCUGCAAUGAGCACAGUGACCGGCCGGCGACGGAGAUCGGAGACCGGACGUCGGAGUCGGGGAGGACGAGAAGCUUUGGUCGGAUUUGGGAGCGAGGGAAGGAGGAUGGCGUGCAGCACGCGGCGGCGGGCGAUUGCGGGCGACUGCGGCGCUGGCCGCGGGAAACAGCGUGCGCUGCGGCUGCAGUCGGCGCUGGCCACGCUGGUGAGGGCGCUGCUGGCGGCGGCGCGGUGAGCGGCGAGCGGCUGCAGAUUGGGGCCCUCGCGGUGAGGAGCGCGGUGAGAAACCCUCGCGUGAUGAGGGCGCUGCGCGGACCGGAGACAUGCGGGGGCCACAGUGGGGGCCGAUGAGGAGUUGCGUCGGUCAACUUCGCUAAUUUAUUCGCCAAAAUGGGACUCGAUUUUGAGAUGCCAUAUUGUACAGAGCUGUUCAGAGUUUCAAAGGCAAACACUGGAAAAAGAUAGCUGAAUGUUUUCCAGACCGGACUGAUGUUCAAUGCCUACAUAGGUGGCAAAAGGUUUUAAAUCCAGAACUUGUGAAAGGGCCAUGGUCAAAAGAGGAAGAUGAAAUCAUAAUCGACAUGGUAAAAAAGUUUGGACCAAAAAAGUGGUCAGCCAUUGCACAAGCAUUACCUGGGCGCAUUGGGAAGCAGUGCAGGGAAAGGUGGCAUAAUCAUCUUAAUCCUGCCAUAAAUAAGGAGCCAUGGACUCAAGAAGAGGAAAUAGCACUGAUUCAUGCUCAUCAAAUUUAUGGAAACAAAUGGGCAGAGUUGACAAAAUUUUUACCAGGCAGGACAGACAAUGCAAUAAAGAACCACUGGAACAGCUCAGUAAAGAAGAAAAUAAAUUUGUACCUAGCAUCAGGACUUCUUUCAGAGUUUCAAGGCCUUCCUCAUGCUAAAAGUCCUGCUCAGGUAGUCAAUAGACAAAAUGGCAAUGCUAAUGGUUUAAAGGACAGGCUAGAGGUUGAGGAUUCAACAGAAUGCAGCCAAACUUCAACAGCCAAUGUUGGUUGCUCUCAGUCUGAUGAAAAUGAAAAACUGGCCAAUGCGGCUUCAGUGGAUGAUGACAUGAAUCUAGAUGGGGAUAUUAGUAGAAAAGAUAUUCAGGAUUCUCAUUUGUCAAUAUGCAUGAACGACUAUUAUGCCUAUAUGGAGGAUUUUGCACGUGCUGUUCCCGAAGAACAAUCUAAAGUUUCUGCAUCUGCAAACUUACUACUAACUGAGGAGGUAUCUGAAAAAAUUGCUGAGCAAGCAAGCAAGUAUGAUUUGCCUAAUAAUUCUACAGUAGAGAUUUCCCAGAAAUCACCGGGGUUAACGGAAGCAUCGGAGUACCAUAGUGUCUGUAGAACAAAUAACGAAAAUGGAUCUGUUUCAUGUUCAAAAUUUUCAGAUCUUAAAUUUCCAAAUUUUGUGUCAGAUAAUGAUUCAGCAUAUGAGAAACAGAGUGAUCUUUUGGUAUGUGAAACUGGUUGCUUCAGCAACUAUCUUUCUGGGUUAGAUGUUCUUCAAGGAGGUAUCGAAGAAUGUCCUUUUGAAUUUGAUGAUUCAAGCUUUGGGAAUUUGGAUUAUUACUCUGGUACAAUUUGCCAAAACUCCUUUAGUUCUGAGGCUUGUAAAAGUCUCACUUCAUGUCCAAAUCCUGUCAGCUCAUCAGGUAUGCUUGGAAUUUCCUAUGAUGACAAUUUGGUGGCCGUACUUCCUCAUUCAUGUGGUAGUGAUGGAAGAUUAUACAGAAAUUCUACUCUUGAAACUAGAGAUAUUUCUGUUGAAGCUCAUGAUUCAGAUGUCAUUAUAUGUUCAUAUGAUGGCAUUGCUUAUUCCAGUUGCUCUUCUUUUUGUCCCAGUGAUAGCAGUAAAUCUAAAUUUUUUCUCCCGGAAGAUAAGAGACAGGAAAUUGGGGCUCCAAAACAAACAAACACAGUGAUGAUGGUUUCUUCUACUCCAAACACCAAUCACAAGGCUAUGCCAUCAGCUGAAAAUCUAUCUGUGCAGUCUGCAGACUUGUCAGAUUCUGGAGCUCUGUUUUAUGAACCUCCAUGUUUUCCAAGCUUAGAGAUUCCAUUUAUCAGCUGUGACCUCAUAUCCUCCGGAGAUCCUCAGCAGGCAUAUAGUCCCCUUGGGAUUCGUCAACUGAUGAUGUCCUCUGUGAAUUGUUCUAAACCGUAUAGUCUGUGGGAUUCACCUUCUCAUGAUGAGUCACCUAAUGCUCAUUUAAAAGGUGCUGUCAAAAGUUUCAUGUAUACACCAUCAAUUUUGAAGAAACGGCAACGUGAAAUGUCGUCACCUAUACCAGAACAGAGAACUGACAAGAAACCUGGUAAAGAUAUGGCUCGUGUGUCAUUAUGCUCAUCCCCUGUAAAUGAUGCUGAGAAUUCUUUCAUCGUUAAUGUGAAUGAUGAAAUCAUUUUUAAUGAAAUUCCUCCAGGUUAUGCUGAGGGAGGAUUUAGUAAUCCUUCAGAUAAGCAGCAUAAGGUACCUGUUCUUGGGGAUGAAGACAAAGAAAAUCUAUGCCAAUCGUCUUGUUAUGCAACAGCUGGAAAUGUUGUUAUGGAAGCAAAGACCCCAGCUAACUCAUAUGGUAAAAUGGCAUCCUUUACAUCAGCUACUAGUGCAGCAAGCAAAGUUGAUACUGGUGCUUCAAAAUGGAGACCACCUCGGAUUCUCGUCGAAUGCAAUGCUAAUAACAAAGUAUUCUUUUCUCCACGUGGCACCAGAUAUCCUACGAAUGGGUCAUUAAACGUUGGUGCUAAAGCUUUGAAAGUUCACACUCUCAGGAGCUCAGAGAAUGCAUCAAAUUUUGGUCAAUUAGAUGAUUGUGCUGAAUCUCUUUUUGAUGUCUCUGCCUUCUUUUCUCCUAGAGUCAGUGAAAAUAAGGACUCACAUUGUGUCUCUAUUAUAUCAGUACAAUCUGAUCCAUCAACACAUCCUUCUUUUGCGGUUGAAAAAUGCAGUUCAACAGUUGAUGAUGACAUUAGACACUUAAACAUUUUUGUUGAUACCCCUGGUGUUAAAAGGGGAAUUGAAUCUCCUUCGGCAUGGAAGUCACCCUGGUUUGUGAACUCUCUCCUUCCAGUACAUGGAAUUGGCACUGAUACAGCAUUUGAGGACAUGGGAUAUUUAAUGAGCCCUGGCGAUCAAAGUUAUGAUGCCAUUGGGCUGAUGAGGCAGUUAAGUGAGCACACUGCUGCUGCAGUUGCAGAGGCCCAAGAGGUACUGAUAAGUGGAAGCCCCGUCAGAGCAUGCAAUGAACCACAAUCUGACAACAAGAAAUUCUCAGACGAAAAUGCUGAUCCUGCUGACAAAGAGCUGGGAAAUUAUCAUAUGCCAUCAAAAAUCAUGACGGAGGCUCGAGUUCUUGAUUUUAGUGGAUGUGGCACACCUGUCAACAAGAGAUCAGAAAAUGUGAAAGCAGGUAACACAGAGACACCCAUAAGCUUGUCAAGCCAGUCCUCGUAUCUUAUGAAGGUUUGCAGAUAGAAGCUCCCAGGCAUCACAGUAAAAAAGUUUGCUUCUUUGCCAUCUUAAUAUGUAAAUGCCCAUCGCUGUGAUUGCUUUCCUGAUUUAUUUUAUCUCAGUUUCUUCUUUUAGGUAUAUUCAUUUUUAUGGAUUGUCAAUUUUAAUUGCAACCGAAGAAUGUCAGUGAAUAUAAAUCCAAUACAAUCAGUCCAUCGAGUCA